CUUCUUGUCAAACGGAAAGUUUUCGACACAGUGGUGGUGUGGUAUUUUAGCUUGGUUGCAUCUCCCAACAAAUUUCUCGCUUGAAGCAUUUUUUCCCCGUAAAAAUUCGAUUUAAAGAAAAAAGUUUUCUUUAUUUUUGAUUAUUUUUUCGUUUUUGGGACAGUUUGUUUUCCAUAAAUCGGCAACAGCUGAACGUAAUCAAGCGUGAUACAACCGAUAAAAAAAAACGUCUCACAAAAAAAACUGAAUUAUUUUUUUUGUGUGUAGUUUUGUGUUCAUACAUAUUCUCUUCGUUAGACGACGUAGAGAGAGAGAGCAAGAGACAAAACGACAGAGAGAGAGAGACAACGAGUACCGUUUGCGCUAAAAGCGAAGCAACGCAGCAGAGCAAAAAGCAACAAAAAAACAAAUAAACUAAAACCGAAGAAAUAUUUCUUUUCUUGUUCUUUGUGCAAGAAAAAGAGAAAUAGCGACACAUUUCGUACGCAUACACACAAAACAAACGCGAAAUACAGCGAAAAAAGAUUUACUACGAAUAAAAAAUCAAACAGUCAAAGUUCGGGCAAAAAAACACUGUAUUAUUUUUUACUUUACAUCAAAUAUAGUGGAUAUAUUUUGAAAAAUGUCUUCAAGCGCAUGCUACAAGUGCAACCGUCCGGGGCAUUUUGCUCGUGAUUGUCAAGAUGGUGGUAGUGGAGGAGGUGGCGGCGGCGGUCGCAACUACUCGAGCAAGAGCUACAGCCGAGAUGGUGGUGGCCGUGGACGUGAUUUCGGUCGCAACCGUGAAAAGUGCUACAAAUGCAACCAAAUGGGUCACUUUGCACGGGAAUGCAAAGAAGAUGCUGAUCGAUGCUAUAGAUGCAAUGGCACUGGUCAUAUUGCACGCGAUUGCAGCCAAUCACCAGAUGAUCCAUGCUGCUACAACUGCAACAAAACUGGUCACAUAGCUCGUAACUGUCCAGACCAAGAUAGACAACGUGAACGAGAUCGCGAAGAGCGUGGAUCAAGCGGCAUGAUGUGUUACAUAUGCAACAAGAGCGGCCACAUCAAGCGUAACUGCCCAGAGGGCAGCCAAAAAUCAUGCUACAGCUGUGGUAAAUCUGGUCACUUGAGCCGUGAUUGCAAUCAAAACGGUGGCCGAAAUUAAAUUUCCACAACACGCAAGCGAUUAUCAAUCGAAGAUUUCGGCAUAACAACAACAUCAACAACAACAAAAAAAAAAACAGAAGAAAAAAAACAAGCAUCCAUUGAAACAAAACAAAUACACAUAGAAGAGAAAUUUCUUUUUUUUUUUGAAUAAACUGGAAAAACCAUUAAACCGAAAUUGUCGAAAUUUAACCUACACACGAUCACACAGAAAAUGCUAAAAAAAAAAUAUUUCACAUUCAGAUAUAUUUAUAAUUUGAUGAUGAUAAUGAAGAAGAUAAAAAAAUCGAGUAAAAAAACAACAAUUUACAAUGUGUAUGAUUUUUAGAAAUGCAUUCGUUUUUCGCCACAAUACCUCCAUUUCUUUUUAUUGAAACAGAAAAUAAUGAACAAAAAAAAAAAAACAACAAUAAAACAUUUGAAUUUAAAAAAACACAACAAAAUUUAACCACAAAAUGGAAAACAAUCACACACACAUACACGCAGAGUUUCACACCGAAUAUCUUAAGAGAACUGAGAAAAUAACACACAAACACACAGACACGAGAGAAGAAUAAAAAGAUGAAGAAGAAUUUAGAUUUUUCCAUAUUCUUUAUAAGAAAAAUCAUCGUGAUAUUACGACCACUUUGUAUAAUUUGUUACUUGAAAAAGGAGCGAAGAAGAUAAAGAAAAAAUGGGGAGAAGAAAAAAAUAGAAGUAAAAGAAAAACUUAAACUAUAAAAGCAUUUUAAAAUAUUCAUUUAGAAGUUAAAGGAAAAAACAAAUUUGACAGUUCAUGGCAACACACACACACACACACACACAAAAAUGAGAAUUGAAGCACAUAAAAAAACGAAAAGAAGAAGAAGAAAUCAAUAUCAUGGCAAGAAAUUAUUUUAUUUUUUUUUUCAUUUUUUCAACCACUCUCACACACGUCAAAACUCAUUUACAUGAAUAAAAAGAAGAUGAAGAAAGAAUAAAAACAUUUGAUUUUGAAAAAAAAAAAGUAAAACAAAAACGAUUAUAAUUAAAAGAGAAAGAAAAAUGAAUAAAAAUUUAAAAUUAAACACUCGGUCCGAAUACUGUGACCAAUGAUUGUCGAUCGGAUUGACAUGUGAGAGACGCAAUCAUUGCGAGAAAUCAUUUGAUAGAAACAUGCAACGCUAUAUGAGUACGUUAAACGUUAAUAAUUGUAAACAAACAUACAGAACAAUUCCUGCUGAACAAGAAGAGAAAAAUAACGAAAUAAAAAAAGUUGAAUUUACAAAACAACAACCAGCCACUGCAUAAAGAAUCGCGUAAAAAUUGAAAGGACAUUUCACAUUAAGUGGUUCUUAAUAAAUAGCAAAAUUAAUGCAAAACGACUGAUGAGGGCGAGGCGAUGAUAAACAGGUUGACAACGACGAGACAGGUGCCGACAAACUGAUGAAUAAAUAGACCGACAGACACAGCCACAAAUACACACCGUAAACACGACACAAAUUUAUGUUACAGCAAAUAAAUGAAAAGUCGAACGAAACAGAAUGAAAGAAAAAAAAAAUCACAGAAAAAAUGAUUGAAAUAAUAAUUAAAAAAAAAAAAAAUUUGAAAAAGUGCGCGAAGUAAACACCGACAAAAAAACACACACUCACACACAGUUCAUAACGAUGGUAUGCAUAUGGUAAGGAACAGAACAGAGCAAAGUAGCGAGCGCAGCAAUGCGAUUUAUGACAGGUUAUAGACUUAGAGUCAAAACAGGCACAUAACACACAUACACAAUAGGAGUAGAUGACAUGGUGAAUGAACAUGUAACGAGAUGAAGAAAAUAAGAAAUAAAAAAUUUAUAUUUAUAUUUAAAAAAAAAAAAAACAAAACAAAACAAAACAAAAAAAUACGAAAGGAAAUAUGUCAAAAAAUAACAACAACAAAUUGUGCGAAAGUAUUGUUUUCAAACACUCUAACAAACAAACAAACAAACAAACAAACAAGAAGAACAUGAGAAAGAAGUCAUUACUAUUAAAACAUUAUUUAUAGGAAUGAAUUGGGUGCCGAAACAGCACUGACAUGAAGCAGGAAUUCGCGACAUUACAUUAGUAUGUGAACGGUGAAGAACACGAGAGCAUAUAUUAACAAAGCAAAUGAGAAAACAAAAAUGAAAUUUUUAACUGAAAUAAAUUGAUACUGGUAUUUACUUCAAACACACCAAAAAAAAACAUAAUUCAUCAAAUCCUGUAGUUUUCCUUUUCUUUAUAUAUUUAAUUUGCUUUUCUUAAAGAGAGAAAAUUGCAAGGGUGAAUUGAUUGAUCCACCGCUUGCGACACGUGUUGUCAUUAUUCAGUCACACAUUUCGGCUAUGUAUUUAUUUUGGAUGGUCCACACACAUUGGACACACACAAAAAAACAAACAAAUUGAGUAAGACAAAAUAGACCGAACAAAAAAAAAACGAGACGUUUCUUUCGCAAUUCGUUAAAUAGCGAUCGAAUAUGCGGAUUAAGCGAGAAAAGGAGUGAACAUAACAUGUUUUUUUGAAUUGAAAACGGGUGAGAACUUUAUAUAAGCAUUAGCUUAGGACUCAGGAUCACGAAAAAAAUCCUUCUUUUUACUAUAUUAUGCCUCCCAGAAAAGAGAAGGUGACAUUGUUGUUGUUUCAACAUCGAACUCAUGCUGCUUACGUUUCAUCUUUUAAUUGUAAGAGAUAAUAAUAAUUUUUAAUGAAAUGAAAGAAUAAAAAAAAAACAAAACAAAAAUCACAAAUGCAGAUAAAAACUUAACAAAAUAAAAUAAAUACACAAAUAACACUGUCGAAACAUAUAUAUUUUGAGUCGGUCGCAUAUGUUAUUAACACGAAAAAGAACACACACA